AAAUGGCGUCGAAAAGAUCUCUGUACAGACCUGCACCACAGCAAAAUGUUGUACCGAGGAGAAACAGAAAACCUCUUGCACAAGGCCGUCUGGUUUCUGCUGGGGGUGAAGGUCAAAAGAAGAAAGUAUUGGCCAGUGGAAUUGAAGAAAAUGCACCAACAAGCAGCAAUUGUUCUGAGAGAGCACAACAGUCAACAAGGAAACAGAUCCUUGAUACUUCAGUGACACGAGUUGGGCAGGAGCCUGAGAGUGUGACAGUUACACCUCGCAGAAUGGCCCCUAGUGCCACUGAACACCGAUCUCCAGCACCUUCCAAUCCUGCCAUGAAUCUCGACCUCUCUGAUAGUGACCUUGACCUUUCCUUGCAAUACAAGUCUCCGACCACAAGGAUACACAAACAGAAACCACAAGAGGUCUUGCUGAUUGAUGCUUCACGCCAGACUAAGGAUCCUAAUGAAUCUGAGGUGGACAUUCAAAUUGGGUUUGAAAGGUCGCCUGUCAGAAUUAUCUGUCACUCACCCUCAGCCAUUGAAUCUAGUUUCAGAGCCUCAGCAGAAAAGGCCAGGGAAACCCAUGACAAAAAUGUGUCCAUACGUAGUGCUAUUUCUCUAUCGGAGCCUGAGCGAAACCAGAGUCGUAAAACCCCUAUUGUGAUACGAGAGAAAGCAAACUCAGGACCUGGACAGCACCACCAAGCAUCGAUUGACAGUUUACCAUUACUGACGCAGAUAGAGAAGGAUCUUCAGUACAGACAGACAUUCCCCCAGCCCAAUUUUGAUGACUCUUCUGUCUCUUCCAUUGCUGGCAAUCCAGUCCGAGAUAUUUUGGGUGAAAAUGAUCGAGAUGAUGCCCAGUCCUUUGUCAGUGAUGUUAGUGAUGUAUGCUCAUUGGAUGAGUAUGUCAUUAAGGGGAAAAAGACGACUAAAACAACUACCACAAAGAAAGGACCUACAAAAGGACCAUCAUCUGUGAAGAAAAGAGAGAGAAUUAUACCUUCUAGGUACAAACAGGCAGCAGCAUCUCAUUCUUUGUUUGCUGAAAAGUCGACAAGACAGGAUAAGUCUAGUAAAGGCAGUAGGAGUAUGGAUAUUUCCACUCGUCCAACAAGUCGGCAUACAAAGACCAAGAAGACAACUGGUCCUGCCACAAGGACGAUAAAGGAACGACCCCAUACCCCUGACAACUCCCACUUAUCUACCGGAGCCAAAACCUCUACACCUACGAUGGACAGCUCCAUCUUCCCAACAGAGAUUGAUGCCUCAGCUAUACAGGCCGAUAGUUCUGUCUUAUCUACAGGACAUAGGUCACAGUUGAUAAAAACACCAUCGAAAGAUGGAGGUAGAAGAGACGUACGUGCCGAUUUGCGGGACAUCCAUGACCCUUUUUCACAGUCCAUCCUUUCCAACGCCUCUGUGAUGUCUGAUAUGAUGGACGUUUCUAACAGAAAGCAGCCUACCAAAUCAAAGUUGACCGAGGGUCAGAUGGACUUGCUAUACAUGCGGUACACACAGUGGCUGUACUUGUACACCAAGGCCAAGAAGUCACGCGAAGAACAGGAGAAACGGGAAAUGGCCCAGUUAAACAGUCUACAUGAGGAAGUUGAAAAACUCCGCAAGAAAAAACAUGAUUUGGAUAUCCGACUUGCACGCCAGAAACACCUGAAUUUGGUGGACGAUCAAGUGGAUCAACAGCGCCAGUUACUAGGACCAAUUGUUGCCAAUUUACCCAAGUUGUCUAGGGAGUAUGAGAGUUUAGCCCAUGCUCUGGACACCACCCGUCACCAGAUUGCUACCCAAGGUGUUUAUCUGCCUGAUGAUGAAGAACAACUCCAAAGAAAAUUAGAAAAGGAACUGUCAACAAGUGAACAAUUGCUGGGAGAGUUAUCAGUGAUGAUCAGACAACCAGUGACUACAGUAACAGCAAUGUCUAAGGCUCUGGGCGCCAUGGAGAAAGCUGUGGACGCUCAAACUCACGAACUCCGACAAUGUACAGAAAUGAUUUCAGCAACGCAAAGCCUGACAAUACAAGAGACCUCACUACGGAUACAAGAAAUGCAGGCCUAAUGAUACAGCAGUUUUCUUUUGAUAUUCCGGUCAAAAAGACGACUCUAUUGCAAUUUUAUAAACUGUUGCAACAUAAUGCAACAAAAAGUAUGCAAUCCAUUUGUUGCCUUUAAAUAUUUCUUUGUUUAAGUCAUAAUUGAAUUUUGAGAAAUUUGGAUGAAAUAUGACAUAUUAAAGAAAUAAGUUAAAAUUGUUUAUGUUAGAGGAUUCUGGAAAAUGAUAUGAUAUCUUUAUUUCAAGUUAUACCAAUUUUCUUUUUAUGAGCAGCAGUGUUGUCACGUGAUCAGCUUUAUAAUUUUAACAUAAUUUGGUCAAACAUGGAAACUUAAAAAUUAAAGUAUGAAAUUACCUUAGAUAAGUUGGUAUUUCAGGGUUUCAAGGUCAAGGUCAAAUUUAAAGAAACUUGUCAAUCAUACUAAAUUUCAUGGGUGAAUAGCAUUCAUGUUUUUUCAACCUUGCUAGGAUUUAGCCGACAGUUUAAAACCGUCAAAUCAGUAAUAAUUCCUCUUUAACGAAACUUUUGCAUAAUGUACUGAAAGAAAUAACAGACUUUUCUGAUAUUUUGAAAUUCUAACCAGGCAAUGCUUUACAAUGAUUGGAAAGGGAAUCCUGGUGUAACUUAGUGUGAUAGGUUGUAUCCUUGAGCUGUCAGUGACUGGUACAGCAGAACAAUUGGGGUGUUUUACUUAGAUAGAAGAAUAUCCAUUUAAAUGGAAUGUGCUUUAAG